UACCAUUGAAUGUGUGAGCCGUUUCGAACUAUGAUUUAACUAAUUUGUACUAAAUAACAUGAGCGAAACUGUAGAUAAAGAGAUCGUCAUUGCAAACAUCGGAGCCGCGACCGUACCAACGCAAUUGCUCACCACUCUCGCACACCUACACGAUAGCUUGAUUCAGCACGCAGUCGGCUUGGGCCGGCUUUUUUAUAUACAGGAUGUUUCUGCCUGGAACGAAUGGUCCACGGAUGUGGCCGAGUUUGAAGAUCUCACUCCACAUGAAGCGUGUGACAAAUUUCUACACGAAGUCCUUCCUAUUGUGAACACCUAUCAAUUGGCGACAAAGGUAAAAAAGCGCCUGAGGCUGCUGGAUCUGCAUCCGUGCUUUCGUCGCAUCAAGCAGGGCUAUCAGUACGUGCCCAAUGCCGAGCUCUCCACGUGCUUCCUGCUGAAGGCGAAUCGGGACUUUCGCCUGGCCAGCGCGUUACCAACGUCUAACGACUCUGCGCAAGCUUCCCACACGGUGCUCAUUAACGACGCGGCAACUAAGCAGAGACUCAGUGUUGGCUACAACUUCAAGAUCUCCCCUGAGACUGCCAGCCUGUUCUCGGCCAUGGUCUCCAAUGACCUGGAGUUAUCAAUUGGACAGCGGCACGAUUUGGCCGAGAUCCAUCGCCGCUUGCGUCAGGCAAAGCAAUCCUUUGAAGACACCGCCAGAGUCUUGCCAUUUCGCAGGAAUGUACAUAACCUGGUCUACGAGAUGGAUAUCUAUGUCAAUCUAAGAACGAAAAUAUGCAAGGCAAUUAACAAAAACUAUCACUAUUAGACAGCGACUUCUUUAAAUAUCGCUGCUCAAUUU